CAAUUUCAGUACCCACAUUGCUUCCUUUGCUCUUUUUUCAAAAUCAAAGAUUACCCAUUUCAAAAAAUCAUAUUUUAUUAAUGGGUUUUGAUGUUUGUUGAAUUCUAUUGUGUUUUUGUUACAAUUUUGUAAAAAAAAAGCAUCAAUAAAGAAGAAGAAAAGGAUUUUGCUAAUGGGGUUUUCUUCAUAAACUCUCCCUUUUUAUAUAAAAUUUAUGUAUAUAAAUAUUUGUGUGAUUUUUAGGGAAGAAUUUUGAGAUGCCUAGACCAGGACCAAGGCCUUAUGAGUGUGUUAGAAGAGCUUGGCAUAGUGAUAGACAUCAACCCAUGAGGGGUUCUCUUAUUCAAGAAAUCUUUAGGGUUGUGAAUGAGAUUCAUAGCUCAACAACAAGGAAGAACAAAGAGUGGCAAGAUAAGUUACCAAUUGUGGUACUAAAAGCUGAAGAAAUCAUGUACUCAAAGGCCAAUUCUGAGGCAGAGUAUAUGGAUCUUGAAACCCUUUGGGAUAGAGCUAAUGAUGCUAUUAACACUAUAAUUAGAUUGGAUGAGAGCACUGAAACUGGAGAUUUCUUGCAGCCUUGUAUUGAAGCUGCUCUUAAUUUGGGUUGCACGCCAAUGAGGACAUCAAGGAGCCAACGGAAUAAUAAUACAACUUGUUACCUAAACAUGAAGAACACAGAGCCUGGUUUCUGUCCUAUAAACAACUUACCCAGAACAACUCAAGAAACUUCAAUGGCAGUUGCUCCAUUUGUUUCUCACUAUUCACAAAUCAUGAAGCCCCAUGGCAUCAAUUUGUCACCCUUCAAUAUAACACCUCGGAUACCAAUUCUUCCCACUGAUAAAUCUCUCAAAAACAAAUUCUCUUUUUCAUCUCCACCAAGUACUAAAAAACCUCCAUCAGUCUAUCCUCUGUAUUAUGGAAAUGGUAUCGAAAUUAAGGAACCAAAGACCAGUUAUGUUGCAUCGCCCGACCCAUAUGGUGAGUUUAAAGGAAACGGUGAUAUGAUGUUUGUUCAAAAACCGCCUUUUUCUAAUCCAAUGAGUAUGAAUGAUACAAAUCAAGGUACUUUGAGGUACACGAGUGAAGAUCACCCGUGUGAGCAUGAAUGUGACUUGUCUCUAAGGUUGGGUCCUAGUCAACAGAGUCAACAUCAUGAUAUGGGUGAUUUUGACAAGUCAAAAAAUUUGAAUGGUGAAAGUGAAAGUUCAGAGGCGGAGGCAAGAAUGAGGAAACGGAAGGCGGUGGUUGAUAAUCUCUAUGAGAACUUACAAUUUUGCUGGCAGCCAAAGGUUUCUUCUGCCAACUCUAAUGGGGGUUCGUUGACUAAUGCAGGUUUGUAGCUUAAAACUUUCAGUUACUUUAGAUUUGGUUUCGAGAGUCUGCAAGUGGUAUUAGUUUUAGUUUGUAAAUUUAAGCCCUACUUGUAAUCUGGACUAGCACUCUUCCAUCUACUAGUUUCUUGCUCAUGAGUUCUUUUAGAAGCACCUUUCUUGAAUGAAGAUCGAAGAAGUUUUGAUCCAUUCAGAUUUUCAUUUUGUGGUUAUUCUUAUCGAGAGACGAGAAUCAAGGUUUUCGAUCAAAUGUACAUUUUAUGGAAUGCACUACAAGAUUAGUAUCUAUCUAUUA